AGGGCAGGCGCCGCCGAGAGCAAGGCCGCCUCCAGCCAUCCCCAGCCCUACCCCAGCGCCGGCUCCAGAGCCCGAGCCCGGCGGCCCAGCGCCGCGCCGCGCCGGGAGAGAAGCAGCUGUUCCCAACAGCUGGGGGGCGGCGGCGCCGGGCGCCCCAGGUGCGGCCGCGGCCAAUCGCAGGCGUCCGGCCCGCCCCCUCCCCAGCCGGGCGCCGACCCCCGGCCCGCGGGGGAAGGGAGCAGAGAGGUGGAGAGCCGUGCUCGCCACUUGUCUUCCAGCUUCCGCGGCGGGAGGGACAGAGCCGGAGCCGAAGCCGCGCGGAGUCCCCCAACCCUGGCCCCGCCGCCGCGCCCCCCCGCCCGCCCGCCCGCCUCCGCGCCGGGACGCUCCCACCGCCGACCCUACCCACGCCCCACCCAAGACACCUACCUAAUUUCUAGGAAGGAAAAAUCUACCUCUGAACGCACCCCGUUCUUCGCCUAAGGACCACCCUCUCUUUUCAUUUUUGGCCUCCCCGCCGGGUGAGUGGAAACCGCUUGCACAUUCUACAGAACCGGAUCCUAACCCAGACGAUCCGGAGAAUUUGUACCGUGACCGGCAGGGGGGGCGGGAGGAGAGAGCGAAGUCAAGUCUCCGGGGCCGCUGGCGACUUCGGAAGCCGCGCGCCCAGCGCCCUCGGCCGCCCCCGGCCGCUCGCCCCCGCCGCGCCCCCGCCCUCGCCCACCGGCUCGCCCUUGGCCCCCGGCGGCCGCGAAAGGGUGCGGGAGACGCGGAGCCGGAGGAGGAGGCGCAGCCGCUGCCCGAGCCGCAGCCGCAGCCGCAGCCGGAGCCCGAGCCGCGGGGAGGGCGCGAAGAUGCACACGACCCAGAAGGACACGACGUACACCAAAAUCUUCGUCGGGGGGCUGCCCUACCACACCACCGACGCCAGCCUGCGCAAGUACUUCGAGGUCUUCGGCGAGAUCGAGGAGGCGGUGGUCAUCACCGACCGGCAGACGGGCAAGUCCCGGGGCUAUGGAUUUGUCACCAUGGCCGACCGGGCUGCUGCCGAAAGGGCCUGCAAGGAUCCCAACCCCAUCAUUGAUGGCAGGAAGGCCAACGUGAAUCUGGCAUACUUGGGAGCAAAACCACGGAUCAUGCAACCAGGUUUUGCCUUUGGCGUUCAACAACUUCAUCCAGCCCUUAUACAAAGACCUUUCGGGAUACCUGCCCACUAUGUCUAUCCGCAGGCUUUUGUGCAGCCUGGAGUGGUCAUUCCACAUGUCCAGCCGACAGCAGCUGCUGCCUCCACCACACCUUACAUUGAUUACACUGGAGCUGCGUACGCACAAUACUCAGCGGCAGCUGCUGCCGCCGCCGCCGCCGCUGCCUACGAUCAGUACCCGUACGCAGCCUCUCCAGCUGCUGCCGGCUACGUCACCGCGGGGGGCUAUGGCUACGCGGUGCAGCAGCCAAUCACCGCGGCCGCACCUGGGACAGCUGCCGCCGCCGCUGCCGCAGCUGCUGCCGCCGCCGCAUUUGGCCAGUAUCAGCCUCAGCAGCUGCAAACAGACCGAAUGCAAUAGACCAGCCCUCUGAUCAAAGUUGAAUUUUCUCUUUCCCUCCCCGUUUCCCGAUUUUUAGUAGCUAAUAAGAGAGUUAACAUUGACUUAACAGCUUUAAAAAAAAACAAAAACAAAAAAACAGCUAUGCUAUCGUGAAGCAGAAUUUUUUUUUUGUAUACUCCGGUAGUGUUCUAGAUGAGAAAGAGGUGAGAUCGAGGGGAGUGGGCGCAGUUGUGGAAAUCAAUCCCAAAGAGGCUGAGUAAAUGAAAGGCCGCUACGAAAUGAUGGCAGGAGGAACAAUGGAACUUCACUUUUAUAAGGGGGUUUUUAUUUUUGCUCUUUUUAUAGUAUCAGGGAAGCAAACUGCCUUUUACAAGUUAGAAAAUGCAUUUGAAUCUAGUUGAACCAGGGAAUACAGAGUGAGCAAUAUGUAGCUUGAAUUACAUUUAAAAGCAGAUUUUUUUUAAACAAAAUGGUGAAAGCACUGAUUGUCAUUUUUAGCAGUCACUAUGGCCUCUAGAACUUUUUCAAGUAAGAAGGUAAUGUUCUUACUCUCUCAAAAAUGGGCAUCGAACAAUCAACCUAGGAGCGUGGCAGUGGGUAAAAUGGCGGACAGGCACCAAAGCUAUUUUCUCAUCUAUCCUGUGGAUGAGUGGGACUGUGGAACAAGUGAUGUGGAAUUAUUGGGUGCAACAGCUGUACAGACAAUCAAUAACACACACAGUUCUGGAAAGAACACAUCACUUGUGCUUGUUUGAUGAGCUUGUCACAUUCUAAUCCCUCUCCCCAUCCUGUUUCAAUUUUGGGAAACUUGUAUCUGCUGGUGUCAGCAAUUCUGAUUCUGAAAUAGGAUCAGGCUCUUACUACGACAGCCUUCUCUUUCUAUUUAUUGUGUCGACUCGUGGCUUAUGAAUAAAGGCAGGCAAAGUUUGCAGACUCUAAACCCUUAAGAACUGUCUUAAGGACAUUUAUUUUUUUCCCUUUUUAAAUAAUUUUACACUUUUUAGUAUCUAUUUCAGAGUCAUAUUUAAAACUAUUUAUUAGUGAAUACAGUACAUGAGACAACAAGGUUACUGAGAUUACAGUUCUUCAAAGGUUAAUGAUAAUGUGGUUUAUACUGUGCCUUAAUAGUAAUGCUAUUUAAGAUAUUUAUUUUUAAGUUUUACUAUGCUGCACUCUAAAGGAAGGAACUUUAGAUGUGACACUGUAAAAUUAUGUAUUCAUCUCAUGGCAUAAAUUAUUUAGUAGAUCUAGAUGUAGCAUAUUAAAUAUUAACCUAUUCAACUAAAGAUGUUGACUUGGAUUUAUUUAAAUUCAUAUGUGCACUGUAUAAGAGAGUACUCUUACAUUAACACAUUUUAGUUUAUUUUAGUUUUUAGGUUUCUUUUUUUUUUAAACAGGCUAUAUUGCUAGUUUCAUGCUUCCUUCUCUGAUUUUUGCUCAUAUAAAUCUCAUUUAUUGGUACUUCAUUAGUUUAACACUAUUAUGUAGUUUUUAAAUGCUGCUUUACAUUUUUCUUCUGAAACUGCAAUACUUGCAAUUUUUAUUCUUAAACUAAAUUGAAUACUAUUUUACACUGUAUUGGAUUUUUAUACUUGAACAAUUUCAUACAAGGGAAGACAGGUUAGCAUUUUUAUGGACUCUCUCCAUUAUCACUGGAUUUACUUUAAGUAUUCCCAUACUAGACAGUGUUAUGUAAUGUAGACAUGACUCUCCUGUGCAAAUUAUUUAUUCAUUGUGUAUAUUGCUUUAUGACAUUUCAGAUCUUCUAAUCUAUUCACUUGUAUUAAAUAUAAUUUUUAAAAACUUC